GAGCCUUCGUCGCCGAGGGCAGGCAUGCGAGUAUAAAGAGGGACACAGAGUUGCGCCUCUGUUCUGAUCACUCUCACAGCAUCCCUCUCAACAAACACUCCUCUGUUCUAGGAAGCACCUGUUCCCAUCUCCAGAUCUCACAAUGUAUCGAGCAGUUGCCGCACUCUCUUUCGCCAGCCUUGUGCUCGGCCAGCAGGCCGGAGAUGUGACCGAAGAGAAGCACCCUGACUUGCCCAUUCAGGUCUGCACGGACAGUGGUUGCACCACGGAGCAGACCACGGUUGUCCUGGACUCAAACUGGCGUUGGACCCAUGUUGUCGAUGGGUACACCAACUGCUACGACGGCAACGAGUGGAACGCGACAACUUGCCCUGACGGCAAGACGUGCGCCACCAACUGUGCCAUCGAUGGCGCCGAUUACGAGGCGACAUACGGCAUCUCCACUCCUUCCGAGGGUUCCCUGCAGCUGAAGUUCGUGACCAAGAACGACAAUGGCGCCAACGUCGGCUCCCGUGUCUACCUCAUGGCCAGCGAGGACAAGUACAGGAUGUUCAACCUGUUGAACAAGGAGUUCACCUUCGAUGUCGACGUCAGCAAUCUGCCCUGCGGCCUCAACGGCGCUGUCUACUUCUCCGAUAUGGACGAGGAUGGCGGCAUGUCCAAGUACGAGACCAACCAGGCUGGUGCCAAAUACGGCACCGGCUACUGCGACAGCCAGUGCCCAGUUGAUAUUAAGUUCAUCAACGGAGAGGCCAAUGUCGAGGGCUGGAACGGCUCUGACAACGACCAGAACUCCGGCUCCGGCUCUUAUGGAUCUUGUUGUUCAGAGAUGGAUAUCUUUGAGGGGAACCUUGAUUCCACGGCCUAUACUCCUCAUGUUUGCAAACAAGCCGGCCAGGUCCGGUGUGAGGGUGCCGACUGUGGUAACGGCGACGACCGUUACUCGGGCAUGUGCGACAAGGACGGCUGCGACAUCAACAGCUUCCGCAUGGGCAACCAGGAGUUCUACGGCACGAGCAAGACCGUCGACACCACGAAGCCGUUCACCAUCGUCACUCAGUUCAUCACCGACGACGGCACUGAUACCGGCAACCUCAAGCAGAUCAACCGCAUCUACGUUCAGGAUGGCAAUGUCAUCCCCAACUCGGCCGUCCAGAUCGACAGCAUCGACCCCGUCAACUACAUCGACGACAGCUUCUGCGAGCAGCAGAAGGCCGCCUUUGGCGACAACAACUACUACGGCACCCUCGGCGGCAUGGCGGCCAUGGGCAAGGCGCUCCAGAAGAUGGUCCUCGUCCUCAGCGUGUGGGACGACCACGCCGUGUCCAUGAACUGGCUCGACAGCAGCUUCCCCCCCGAGGCCGACUCGUCCGAGCCCGGCGUCCUCCGCGGCCGCUGCGACCCCGCGGCCGGCGACCCGGAGACCGUCGAGGCCGCCCACCCCGACGCCUCGGUCAUCUACUCCAACAUCAAGUUCGGCACCCUGAACUCGACCUUCGCGGCUGCUUAAGAUGUCAUGUAUGUAUGCAUUGUUUCACGCACACGGCAUUACUUUCGGGGGAGGCAGACUCGUCCCAGUGGGGGCUGAGCACGCAUAAAGCAUAUUGAGAAACGGUGUUUCUUGGGCAAAGCGGGCGAGAAAUGGGCUUGCAUGGGUGGAUUUCUCCAUACGAAUAGAGAUAGCUAGAUUGAAAUAAUAUUUGUCAUCUCAUCUGUAUGGGCAGUAGCCCACGCCGAAGCCGUACUCCAGUUUCUGUUUCUAUAAAACUUUGCCGGCCGUGAUGAUUCCACAGCAUCCAAAGGCCCGAACAUGGCUACUCGCAGGACGCUCCUGAAGUCCACGCCUAGGCCGAGAGCGGAGGUAGACACAAUAGUG